CGGCACUCGGAUGUAGACUCAACACACUGCCGAUGGGUAGGAGUCUGGGUACAGAUAUCUUUCAAUCUUGCUUUCAAUCCUCCCAUUAAUAUUAUCCUUAAGCUUAAUCAAUAGAUGAGUGUCUGCCUGCGUACAGGCUCUAUAGUGUUGUAUUCACUUCUCACUAAAUUUACAGCUCUUGUCCUCAGUGAGUGCUUACACUACUAGUAUACAUCUUGCACACACAGUAUCAAGUAUUGUCUCACUGCGUCAAGCUCGAUCCACUCUCUAUACUCUGCAACACCACGUCAAGUGUCAACCCCCAACACGGCAUGUCAGAAGCCUCGUUUAGGCUGGGCCGAGUACCACUCACACCACGACAAGUUCUCCCAAACAUCUUCGCACUCUCUGUACUGAUAUCAAUAUUCACACUCUAUGCCGCGUCAAGGCCCACUAUCAGUGCCGCGUCAAAUCUCGUCCCUGCCGCGUCAAACUUUAUUCAUGCCGCGUCAGUGUCGCGUCACAUGCGCGUCACUGUCAAACUUCAUUCAUGCCGCAUCGGUACACUGUAAUUGUCCAUAGACAGCAAUGAAAAUAUUUUAUGUUU